CAAAAGGCAUAUGAUGUUCCAGUCCACCUGGCUCAGAAUGAGGAUCCAUGGAACAGACUAAAUGGAACCUGCACUCUGGCUUCGUCUCGGAGAGAAAUUUACCACAUGGAUCCCAAGGCCCCACGAGACAGUCUCGAUUUUGUCCUUAAGUCUAAAUAUAACCAUCAUGAGGAAUUCCUUAGAGCAAAAAAUGAAACCCUCAUCCAACCCGAAACUGCCGGUGAAGACACUGGACGAGUUUUAAAGAACCGAGAGGUUGAAGUUAUUGUGCCAAAGCCUUACCUGAAUCAUCCUCUUAUAGUUAUAGAGCAGAAAAAGAAAGAUAGCAUCCAUUCUAUUGAAAAUGCAAUUGAGGGUCACCAUACACAAACAACAAACCGAGGUUACACUAGAAAACCUGAUGGGGGAUUCUUCUCUUCUUAGACUUAUAAUAAUGACAUCUAUUUGCAAGAAUUAAACCACAUCAUAAAAAAAAUGCUAAAAGACAGAAUGACAGAAUAACGAUGACUAUAGGGGACGAUUUCUUAUCUGAAGUUCACACUUUUUACACAUGUAACCAACAACAAAGUAAACUACAUGUAUACUCGGAAUGUGAUGACAUGAUGUACAUUUACGUUCAGAAUUAUAACCAAUUAAAGGUCGUUUUACACCAGAAAGCAGAUAUAUUUUAAAAUAUUACAUAUUUUAGAUUUAAAAGUGCUACAUAAAAUAGAAAGAACCGGAACACAAAACAAAAUCCAUGCAUACACAAACUUUAUUUUUUUCUAUCUAUCCUCUUCUUUUUAAGCUUAUUUCUUCUUUCUAUCCUUUCCUCUUUCUCUAUAGAGAGUCCCCAUUGUGCUGGUACAAACGGCGGGUACUCCCGGAAACACGACGGUGGAUUCUACUGCACUUAAUUAACGGCUGCCGAUACAUAAUUAACUGCUGAUUCUAGAUUUAGAGCGAUUGUAUACCAACUUUUUGUGUAAAAACUGAAAACAUAUCUUUAAUAAUUGCCAUUGUUGCAUGUACAUUUUGGAUAUAUACCUAGUAUAUUUGGAGAAAUAUAUUUACAAAGAGAAUUACGAAUUUUAGGAAAAAAAUAGUUUUUACCUGUAAAUAAUAUGUAUUAAUAUUUUUCUUGU